AGUGCGACCCUGGGAGCCAGCUCCUGUCAGGGACGCGGGUUGGCGGUCGCUCAGAGGCUGUUCCCUGGAGCAGGAAGCAGCUGCCCUGGGCGAGUCUCCGGCCGGUCAGGGAGCCGGGAUCCCCACCCGGUGGGCGGGCACCAUGCGGAUGGGCUCUGGGACCUUCGCCGCCUGCUGCAUAGCGAUCGAGGUGCUCGGGGUCGCGCUCUUCCUUCGGGGAUUCUUCCCGGCUCCCGUGCGCUCCUCUUCCGGGACCGAGCACCAAGCAGAGCCCCCAGCGCCUGAACCCGCGGCUGGAGCCAGUUCCAACUGGACCAAGCUCCCACCACCUCUCUUCAGUAAAGUUGUUAUUAUGCUGAUAGAUGGCUUGAGAGAUGAUUUUGUGUUUGGGUCAAAAGGUGUGAAAUUUAUGCCCUACACAACUUAUGUCGUGGAAAAAGGAGCAUCUCACAGUUUUGUGGCCGAAGCAAAGCCACCUACAGUCACUAUGCCUCGAAUCAAGGCGCUGAUGACAGGGAGUCUCCCCGGCUUCGUGGAUGUCAUCAGGAACCUCAACUCUCCUUCUGUGCGGGAAGACAACGUGCUCACACAGGCCAGAGCAGCGGGGAAAAGAAUCUUCUUCUAUGGAGACGACACAUGGGUGAAAUUAUUCCCAAAGCAUUUUGUAGAAUAUGAUGGAACAACCUCCUUUUUUGUGUCAGAUUAUACAGAGGUGGAUGACAAUGUCACACGGCACCUGGACACAGUGUUACAGCGAGGGGACUGGGACGUGCUGAUCCUCCAUUACCUGGGGCUGGACCACAUCGGCCACGUUUCCGGGCCUGGCAGCCCACUGAUCGGGCGCAAGCUCCGUGAGAUGGACAGUGUCCUGAUGAAGACCCAUGCCGCGCUGCUGGCACAGGAGAAGAAGACUCUUUUACCCAGUUUGCUGGUUCUCUGUGGGGACCAUGGCAUGUCGGAAACAGGGGGUCACGGGGGGUCUUCCACGGAGGAAGUAAAUACUCCUCUGGUCUUAAUCAGCUCUGCGUUUGAAAGAAAACCUGGUGACGUCAGACGUCCAGCGCACGUUCAGCAGACUGACUUGGCCCCGACACUGGCCGUAGGGCUUGGCCUGCCCAUCCCCAAGCACAGCGUGGGCAGCCUCUUGUUCCCAGUUGUGCAAGGGACGGCACUGAGAGAGCAACUGAGGUUCUUACACUUAAACACAGUGCAGCUUAGCAAACUGCUGCAAGAGAACGUGCCCUCCUAUGAGAAAGAGCCUGGAUUUGAACAGUUUAAAAUGUCUGAAAGGUUGCAUGGGAAUUGGAUCCGACUGUACCUGGAGGAGAAUAAUUCAGAAGUUCUUUUCAACCUGGGAAUCAAGGUUCGCAGGCAGUACUUGGAUGCCCUGCGGACGCUGAGCCUGUCCCUGAGCAGACAAGUGAUGCAGUACGACAUCUACUCGAUGGUGAUGGGGACAGUCGUGGUGCUGGAGGUCCUCACCCUGCUCCUGCUCAGUGUCCCGCAAGCACUGGGCAGCAAGGCCAACCUGGACGUGCCGCUGUGGUCGCCUGUGCCCUCGCUGCUCUUUUACCUGCUGCUCCUGAUCCUCCUGGCCGCCCACGUCACUGUGUGCACCUCAGCUGAGAGCUCGUGCUACUUCUGCAGCCUCCCGUGGCUGGCGGCAGGCGGGGUGAUGGCGCUGAUCUCGGCACUGCUCUCUGCCGUCCUGGCUGCUCUGACCAAGCUGUUUGUGGAUUCGCGGCGUCUGAGGACGGACCCAGGCCCGUGCCCGUCUAGGUGGUCGGACGUGGGGCUCCUCGCCGUGUUGGGCACCGUGGGCCACGCCCUGAGCCUGGGCGCCAGCAGCUUCGUGGAGGAGGAGCAUCAGACCUGGUACUUCCUCGUCACCACCCUGGGCCUGGCUCUGUGUCACGAGGCCUACAGCACCUGCUUCCUGGGAGGCGACGCGGAGCCCCCAGGCUGCCAUCGCACGGAACGGGGGCUUGACAGCAUGGUGCCAGUGCAGGGCGGGAACCCCGGCUGCGACGUGUUAGAGCUUGGCCAAACACACAGGAGGCCUGCGUCCCUGGACGGACCCUGGGGCCGUGACAGGUGGCUGGUGCUGGCCAGCCCGUGGCUGACGCUCGCCUGCUGCCGGCUGCUGCGCGCGCUGAACCCGACAGGUGUGCAAGGGGCCCACCGCCCUGGCCUGGGGCACUGGCUCGCCAGCUCCGAUCACAGAGCUGAGCUCUCUGUCCUGGCUGCUCUUUCCCUCCUCGUGAUCUUUGCGCUGGUUCAGAGCAGGUGCUCCUGGGCAUCGAAAGUAGCCCUGGGGCUGGGCCUGCUGGGCGUCUACUGCUACCGGGCAGCCACUGGAAGUGUGCUGUUCCCAUGGCAACAAGACAACAAAGACAUUUCACGGGGUGUUGUUGAAGCUCGUUUUGUUUAUGUCUUUGUCCUUGGCAUUCUGUUCAUGGGUACCAAAGACUUGCUUAAAUCUCAAGUUACUGCUGCCGCCUCCAAGGUCAGGACCAGGGGUUUAUGGGAGACGCACAGCGGCUUCAUCCUUCUGGCGGCGCUGCUCUCCAGGCCACACAACCUGCCCGUCUUAGUGUCCUGCCUCGCAAUCCAGGCUGUGAUGGCCAAGUUCAUCUGGAAGCCCCUGAGGCACGAUGCCGUGGAGGUCACUGUGAUGCAUUACUGGUUCGGUCAAGCGUUCUUCUAUUUUCAGGGGAACUCCAACAACAUGGCCACAGUGGACGUCUCGGCGGGCUUCGUGGGCCUGGACACGUACGUGGCCAUCCCAGCUGCACUCCUGACGCUGUUUGCAACGUACAUGGGGCCCGUGCUAUGGGCCAGCCACCUGCUGAACUUCCUGAGCUCAGAAGCCGGCAGUGGUUCAGCCCUGAGUCGCGCGUGCUUCUGCUACGCACUGGUUUGUUCCCUCCCAGCUUCCGCAUAUAUCAUUUUGGUGACAUCCCUGCGCUAUCAUUUGUUCAUAUGGAGUGUGUUCUCCCCAAAACUCCUCUAUGAGGGAACACAUCUACUCGUUACAGCUGCCAUCUGUGUUCUCUUCACGGCCGUGGAUCAGACCCACACGAAGCCUUAGCCUAGUCCAUUAAGACAAAUGGAAACAGAAGAUAUGUGCAAAGUCUAGUGUUGACUUCGUGGAUUUGACUAAUAAAAAUGUGUUUAAAUGAAAGAUGAUUCUAAAAAAAACCUCAAAUUCUACAAUGUUGUUGGAUAGCUUCAAUUUAUUUGACUACUAUACUUGAAUUUGUAUUAAAUAGUUAGUGGGUUAAUAACAGGUCACUUUAAAAUACUUAAUUUGAAUAUGAACCAUGUUUCCUGUUGACAAUCGCGACAGAAACUUUUGAACUUUCAUUUUCCUCUUGAUAAGUUAUGAUUUGAUCCAAGAUAUAUGUGUUUUAAUUGAUACAUAGAAAGGUUGCAGGUUUGUCAUGUGUGUGACCUCCAGAGAGCCUGGCAGCCCUGUGGGGGCGGCUUGUCUGCUGCCAGGCUUGUCUUGCAGAGCUCAGGCCCUUUACCACCUAGAAACCGCUUGGGAUCCCAAGGAGAUUUGGUUUACAUGGGUUACAUCUGUCAGCAUUAAUGGUGUUUGGAAUUAAAACUAAGACAUUUCAAAAAAAUUUAUUAAUUUAAAAAUAAAUAUAGAAACCCGUUGCAUGUUUCUAGAACAUAUUUUUAAGAAAAAUAUAUUUUCCAAAACAAAAACAUUUAGCAAGAAGAAGGGCAUUAUUUUAUAUUUUUGCAAACUUCCUUAGUGUCUGGCUUAAUUAAAGAAGGGUGGGUUCCCCAUUCAGUCAGUUAUCUGUGUGUUCAGGGGAAGCGGUCACACGAGAUGUAGUUAGAGCAGGAGGAGGAUAUCCUCGUCCUGAUCCUCGUGGGCUUGCUCUUCUGAUACUGCUCUAGAACUCAACAAAUGAUAGUUUCUUAAAGGUUGGUUGGAAGAAAAAGAAAUGAGUGCAUGUAAAACAGGUGAGAGCCUGCUGAGGUCUGCCCUGCGUCAGGGCUGCCCCUGCGUGGUCACCGCUCCAGGACAAGCCUGUCACAUGUCACUGUGGGAGGCCGGGGUGGCACGGAACUCUGUACUAUUUUCCCAACUUCUUGUGAGAUUUAACCUAUUUCAAAAUAAAAGUUAUUUUGAAAAGGAAAA